AUGCCCUCACUACGAGAAAGAGCCCAUAUUCAAGUUACUCAACAACAAGCCCAGGUCAAAGAUCAUUACGAUAAGCAUCAACAAAUAAGUGCUAGAUUCAAAAUUGAUAAAAAAGUUUUGCUAGAAAAUGCUGCCAAAAAGUAUUCCUGUAGCAACAAAUUUACUUCAAAAUAUAAAAGACCGUUUUACAUCUAUAACAAGUUGAUAAAUGAUGCGUAUAAACUACAAAUGAUGGAUAGCAAG